CACUCCGCUUUCUCCACCAACGUUGCCCCCCAAAAUGUGACGGAACCAAACCCAUGCAGUGGUUAGCUACGGUAUGUGAGUAUUUCCAGUUUUAUGACGUCCCUUUAGUUGAUCGUUUGAACCGUGUGACAUCAAUGUUAGAGGGCUCUCUAUUGGCUUGGUUUAAUUGGCGUAUGCGUGGCGGCUUAAUUGAUGGUUGGGAGGAUUUUGUGGAAAAGUUCAAGAUUCGAUUUGCUCCCUUACAUGCUUUGGAUUAUAUUUCUUUGGCGAAGACAUCAGAAAAGGCUAGAGACACAUUUGUCUACAUGAAGAAAGAUCCUAUCGCAUUCUCCGCCCGGACUGUGGAGGGCAUUGAUGAGUCAAAAGGAUCAAGUACGAGGUUUCAUAUCAAAGACGAUGAUUAUAGCGGGUCUGGCAUCAUUGGCGGGGGUGGUGGUGCCCUUGAUGCAGAUUAUGGUGCUAAUAUUGAGCGUGACGAGCCAUCAAACAAAUUAGAUUCUACUCGCUGUGAAUUAUAUGUGCCACUAAACGCCUCAGUUGGGAUGACAAUUGCAGAGUAUGACGCUCUAGCAAGUAUCACGAAUGUGGCACAUGCAGAUAAGAAGCAAGUGGACAACCUCAUUUCAUUUGAUGACACCAUUAAGAUGUUUGACCUUGUCGAUGUGGUCAAGACGGAGCACCUGGUUUCACCGAGAGCAACUACAUAUGGUAUGCGCCCCGUCUCCUUUUUUCACCACUUUUCUGCAAGAGCCAAGCUGGUUGACGAUUCAAAGAGUGGACUGCUCCUUUGGUUCAACAUUCUGUCUCCGGUCCUAAAGCACGAGUCGGAGCCUCCACCUUGAGGACAAGGAGGGGACCACCUAUCUACACACUACUUCUACUGUAUACAACAAUACAAGGCAUGUAACAUU